GACAGCUGUGUGGGAUACUCAGGUCAUUUUGGGAAUAAAAAAGUCAAUCACUGAAUCUUCAGUCUGCCACACUGUGCUGACAGUCCCACACAGAAUCAUGCUGGCUGCAGGGGUCCUACUCAUCAGUCUGUGUUUGCUCGGUGUUCACGGCAAUGAUGCAAAUGAGGAAAUCACGUACUCAGAGACAGAGAGUAAAUCCAACACCACCUCUUUUACCAGCCUCUGGUUAGAUCUGGGUGAUUGGUUAAUGGACCUCCUGGAUGAUGACAAAGUCUGUGAUCCAAACCCUUGCUUGAAUGGCGGCACUUGUCAAGUUGAAUCUGAUUUGAGUUUAACAUGCACAUGUCCUGAACCUUAUGUUGGAAAGAAAUGCCAGACAGUGAGAAAUACUUGUGAGAAUGCAACAUGUGGCCAUGGGGACUGUGUCAUCAACUUAAAGAAACCUCCCUUUUAUGAGUGCAAGUGCAAUCCUCCAUACCAAGGUCCUCACUGCAGCUCAUUGCCAGAGUCGCCCUGUGAACCCAAUCCCUGUCAGAACGGAGGCUCCUGUAUAGCAGAGAAGGGACAUUUUGGCUGUGCUUGUCCUUCUGGAUAUACUGGAAGAUUCUGCCAAACAGCACCAACUGACUGUUAUGAAGGGACAGGGAAGUCAUACAAGGGUAAUGUCAGCACCACUGAUGAUGGCCUGGACUGUCUGGACUGGAACUCCUACUUUGUUCUGUCACAUGGCAGGAAUCCUUUCACAAUGUUCGAAAGCUUUUCUGAAGAGGAAAACAAUAAUCACUGCAGGAAUCCAGAUGGGGAUAACAGACCUUGGUGUUAUAUCAAAAGAGAUGGCGAACUGGACUGGGACUAUUGUAAAGUCAAGAAAUGCUCUGCAGAUCCUACCCCUUCCCCGACUCCAGUCCAGCCAGUGCCAGACCCUUCCCCAUUCUCCCAAUGUGGCAGAUUAAGCCCUAAUCUCCUCAGCUCCAUUGUUAAGGGCAGUGUGGCUUCCCGUGGUCAUCAUCCCUGGCAGGUUUCUCUGCAGAUAAGAGCCAAAGGCUCCUCAUCUGGGUUCAGUCAUAAUUGUGGAGGGACCCUGAUCUCUUCCUGCUGGGUCCUCACUGCUGCACACUGCAUUUCAGAUCAGGUUGAUUACCAGGUGAUGUUAGGAAGAAUGAACAUACACGAACAUGAGGCAUCGGAGCAGUUCAUCCCAGUGAUAGAGACCAUUGUUCAUGAGGACUACAGGAAUACUGGGCGUGCUCUUUACAAUGACAUAGCUCUACUCAAACUCAACACAACAGAGGGCAACAUGUGUGCUAAAGAAUCCGACUUUGUGAGGACUGCAUGUCUACCAGACCAGGUCUUCCCUGCCAAAACAGAGUGUGUGGUGUCUGGAUGGGGAGACACUAAAGAGAGAGGGUUUUGGCAACCAACAGUUCUUAGCCCCAAGCUGUUGAAAGCUAAAGUGUUAUUGAUCAGUGAGAGUAAAUGCAACCAGACACAAGUUUAUGAUGGUUUGCUGGACGACAGUAUGUUCUGUGCCGGGUAUCUGCAGGGUGGCAUCGACUCCUGCCAGGGUGACUCGGGUGGACCUUUGAUGUGUAAGCACGAUGGCACACACUACAUCAGUGGUGUGGUGAGCUGGGGCCACGGCUGUGCUCGGAAGAACAAGCCUGGUAUCUACACCAAUGUCUACAAAUUUGUCGACUGGAUCAGAAGCAAGAUGAACUGAACAGAAAUACGAAACAACUUCAGCUUUGAUUGCCUUGAAAAAAAUCUGUUUAUUUCAUCAGCAAUAAAACCAAGCAUUUACUACUA